CUAAAAGUAAAACAUCUAGACUUCACUCCUGUUUUUGAAAUUGAACAACCUUAUUUUCAACGGAAACAUAUCUGAUAUCACAGAUUCAAAAUGCUCGACGGAAUUUUGGGCCGUGGAUUCAGCGUCAAAUGCAAAUCUCUGAUUAAAGCAACUGGAGCGAGGAUCGCGGUGGUGCGGCGGAGAGCGGAGGCGAAGCAGAGGUUCCUUAAUGAAGAUCUGGCCAAGCUACUCUCCAAUGGCCUUGAUAUCAACGCCUAUGGGAGGACUGAAGAGUUUCUUUCUGGAAUGAAUCUCUUGUCAUGCUAUGACUUUGUUGAGAAAUCUUGUGACUAUAUAUUGAAGCAACUUUCAAGAAUGCAGAAACAAGGGGAAUGUCCUGAAGAAUGUAGAGAGGUUGUUGCAUCCCUGAUGUAUGCUGCUGCAAGGUUCUCUGAUUUUCCUGAACUGCGAGAUCUUAGAGAUGUAUUUCAACAGAAAUAUGGUAGUUUAGAAGCCUUUGUUAAUCAGAAGUUUGUUGAGAAAAUGUCUUUGAGGCCUCCUCCAAAAGAAGAGAGACUGCAGGUGUUGCAAGACAUAGCUUCAGAGUUCUCAAUUAAGUGGGACUCCAAGGGAUUUGAACAGAGAAUGGCUGCUCCUUCAGUGGUUUCACAGGUGGAUGUAGUGAAACAAAGGCCUGGGCUUCUGGAGGAGAAAAGCAGAUUAAAAAGCUGCGGUGGAGAAGGUAAAAUCUGGAGAAGAGAUGAAGGUGAUCAUCAAAUUUCUAGAACGAAGGAUGUAAUCAGGUAUAGAGAAAAGUCAGUUUUGAAGAAUGGAGGGAGUACUUUGCAAGGCGAUGAUGAUAAUUUGAAUGGUGGAAGGCACAUGUUAACUGUAAAUAAACCUUCAUAUCCUACAGAGACAUGCGAUGCAGACUUUAAGGCAGAAAGAUUGAACAAUUCAUCUCAUGGGAAGAUACUGGGUAAUAAUGCUCAGAGUACAUACUCAAGGGCCAGUAAUGGUAUCCCUAAUUCAAGGAAAGGAGAAAGUGUAGCAACAUUAUUCAGUGAGAAGACAAACUUUUUUCCUGGUUGUGUUGAACAGCUUGGUAAAACUGAAAAUGCCAUUUUGUCUUCUAAGUAUUCCAGUAGCGAUGGUUCAGUGGGCUCAACGAUGAAAGGAGUGGAUGAAGGUUCUGAUAGGUUGAAAUCUUGCUCAAGUUACAGCCUGCCUCCACCAUACAUCAAACCAAAUCAGAGUGCCACUCGCCCUCCUUAUGUAAAGCUGAAAGAAGAUAAACAUAAACUCAGUGGAGGUUCUAAGGAUUCUCUGUCUAAUCCUUAUGUCAACGACUGCUCGGGCAGGCCCCAUACAGAAUCAGAUCACAGUGACCGUAAUGAAAAAAAUGCUGCUCCUGCCAGUGUAAAGAGUUAUGGGCUUGAAAAGGAGCAUGAUUAUCAAGACGAGAGAAUUCCCUUACCAAAGCCACGAUCAAUUCGAAGGAAACAUCAUAAAUCAUCAUCAUCCAACAACAAUGCCGUUGAUACUCUUGAAGAUGUUAAGGCAGUGAAUAAGAGCUCAAGUAGCAGGAGAAAGGAUCAUUCUAGGAAGGGCUUGCAGGUACUGUUUGAUGAUGAGCACCACAUAAAAGAUGAUGAAGAAAAAAUGAUAGAUAAACUGUUGAUGCAUUACAGCAAGAAACCAACAAGUUAUGAUGCAGGAAAGUUGAAGAAAAAAAUGUUGGGCCAGCCUCCUCAUCAAAUCAUUUGUGGGGGUGAAUCAUCUUCUGAUCAAAUCAAGCAUAUGCAUGAUAGUAAAUUUGAAGCAUUUCCAACUCCUGCUAGGUCUGUUUCUCUUCCUCCUGAACAAGCUGCUCCACCAGAAGCAAAGAAGGUUUUUGCACGAUCCAACACAUUCCAGCCCGAUAAUCAGGCUACGCAUGUGCAUCCCAAGUUACCUGAUUAUGAUGAUCUAGCUGCUAGAUUUGCGGCUCUAAAGGGUAGAUGAACAAAGAGAGGUAAUGGAACUUGAGGAAGUGUUCUUAACUUUUAAUCUCAUCGUGCAAGGACAAGAAAGCUGUAACUGCUAACAGUAUUCGAUGUGUAGAGUGAACUUAGGUAUAGAGUACUGGAUUUGCAUGAAAUAGAUAUUGCAAAAAAAGUUGAAUAGAAAUUUAUGAAGUUUUGCUUACUGUAAUUCUUUGGUAACUAUGAUCAGUGCUGUAAUGUUAGUUGUACGAUUGUAUGGUUUGUGUUGAGUUUGAAAUGGUAUGAUUUCUGAUUCGUUAAUA